AUGACGAUCGCAUUUAAAACCGCGCUCGGUGCUUUUCUUUUACUUGGACUAGUGGUAUCCAGCUUGGGUCAAGUAUGGAAUGAAGUCCCAACGAUUGAGCAGUUUCAGUCACAGUCAAAUCAGAACUAUGGAAAAGGAGACCAAAAUCCGGAAAGCUCUGCCCUAUCGCAAUAUCAAUCGCAGAGAAAUGUGAAGUUUGUGCCAACUCUCCAACCGAGACCCCUGCAGUUACAGCCCGUAAAUUUUAAAAAGGAGCUACCUUUUUUGCCUUACGAUGUUAUCCGGGCACCAGUACUGGACAUUAAUCCACGCCCGUUGCUUGUGCAACCAGACUCGCAAUUGAUUUUAAAAUAUCAAAUCGACUCUGCAAAUCAGUUGAGGAAAUCAAUUCAGUCCGAGUUAAAUUCACUUAGGGAUCAGAACAGGAUCCAACAAUCCAUUAUAAAUCAGUUAAAGUCACAGGAACCCGUUCCAAUGGGAAAAUCAAUUCAGUCCGAGUUAAAAUCACUCAGGGAACAGAACAAAAUCCAACAAGCCAUUAUAAAUCAGUUAAAGCCACAGGAACCCAUUCCAAUUUUUUUCAGCUCCCAGCCAAAACCAAAACCAAUCAAUUACCUACUUCCAUCGCUACCCGGGACAGCACAGCCUCGAACACCUCAGAAUUCCCGGUACCCAGUCCCCCCAAUACAUCCUGAUUAUAUCGGUUAUUUUGGUGUAGACAGAAAUAGAGAAAUAGAUACUGCUCUUUUGGAAAAGCAGUUGAAACUUAUGAGGACCCUUCGACAACUUACCCAAAAACGUAUUGCUUUUAACGAAAAGAAAAUGUCUUUAACGCCUUCAGAAAGAAUCUCACAAAAACCGAGUGGACGAACGCAAUCAAAGUCCCAAUUAAACUCUCAGUUACUAGGAUCACUGUAUCAAACACAGGAUCAAUUAAACUCACAAUCCAACUCUCAAUCUCAAUCCCAGUUUAACUCAGGAGCAUCUGAUAUCAAUUCCCAGUCACAGACUCAAUCAAACAUUCAAUCACCCGUCUUUCUGUUACCGGCUCAAUCAAAUGUCCAAUCGCAGUCACAAUUGAACUCUCAGUUAUUAGGUUUAAACUCUCAAUCACAGGAUCAAUCAAACUUACAAUCGUCUGGCUCACUGCCUUACUCUCAAUUUCAAUCCCAGUUAAACUCAGGAGCAUCUGAUAUCAAUUCGCAGUCACAGACUCAAUCAAACAUUCAAUCACCCUACUUUCUGUUACCGGCUCCAUCAAAUGUCCAAUCGCAGUCACAAUUAAACUCUCAGUUAUUAGGAUUAAACUCCCAAUCACAGGGUCAAUCAAACUUACAAUCGUCUGGCUCACUGCCUUACUCUCAAUUUCAAUCCCAGUUAAACUCAGGAGCAUCUGAUAUCAAUUCGCAGUCACAGACUCAAUCAAACAUUCAAUCACCCUACUUUUUGUUACCGGCUCCAUCAAAUGUCCAAUCGCAGUCACAAUUGAACUCUCAGUUAUUAGGAUUAAACUCCCAAUCACAGGAUCAAUCAAACUUACAAUCGUCUGGCUCACUGCCUUACUCUCAAUUUCAAUCCCAGUUAAACUCAGGAGCAUCUGAUAUCAAUUCGCAGUCACAGACUCAAUCAAACAUUCAAUCACCCUACUUUCUGUUACCGGCUCCAUCAAAUGUCCAAUCGCAGUCACAAUUAAACUCUCAGUUAUUAGGAUUAAACUCCCAAUCACAGGAUCAAUCAAACUUACAAUCGUCUGGCUCACUGCCUUACUCUCAAUUUCAAUCUCAGUUAAACUCAGGAGCAUCUGAUAUCAAUCAGCAGUCACAGACUCAAUUAAACAAUCCAUCAGAUUUAUUUUGGAUACCGGCUCGAUCAAAUGUCCAAUCGCAGUCACAAUUGAACUCUCAGUUAUUAGGAUUAAACUCCCAAUCACAGGUUCAAUCAAACUUACAAUCGUCUGGGUCUAACUUUCAAUCUCAAUCACAGUUGAACUCAGGAGCUGAUAUUAAUUCCCAGACUCAGUCUCAGUCAAACUUUUAAUCACUUAACCUGCCGUUCCCGGCUCAGCAAAUAGCAAAUCGCAGUUGCAAUCAAUCUCACACCCUCGAUCACAGUUUCAAUCAAGUUCCCCACAUAUACACAAAAAAAGGGGCUAAAACUGAAUUUUUAUUGAUUGGCUAAAAAAAAAAAUUGUUUUCUAAAUUUGUUUGUAUUUUGUGUUGUAAUGUUUUUAUAAAAGCUUAAAAAAAAAUUUUUUAAUAUACUUUUCCUGUAUUUAGUUGCUUUAAAAAAUGAUUUCAAAGUUUGUAUGAUUUCGAAACUUGUUUUUCAAUAAAUAAACAUUAUUGAUCUUCAUAA